ACAAUCUUUGUGCUUACAGUUCUCCAAUAGAUGGCAGCACUAGAGUAUUGCGUCAAAGAUCUCUGGAAAAUUCCCGAAACAGCGGAGCGUUUAUAAAUAUGAGUUCUUGGUUCACCAUGUAGAAUAUUAGAAUACUUUAUAUGAGAAUUGUCUUGCGAUUGCAGCAUUUGAGCGCUUUGAAUUAUUUCCAUUUCUUGUGGUGAUACAAGUUCUUGUGGUACUACACUGAACUCUAUUGAACUGUUCAUUGUGAACCGUAUUUGCAAACUGUAAUACAGAAUGCCAAGUGGCAAAGCACCUGCAAUUGGUAUAGAUUUGGGUACAACUUACUCAUGUGUUGGAGUCUUUCAGCAUGGACAUGUAGAAAUAAUUGCCAAUGACCAAGGCAAUCGAACAACUCCCAGUUAUGUUGCCUUCACAGAUACAGAGAGAUUGAUUGGUGAUCCUGCAAAAGCCCAAGUUGCUCUCAAUCCAGAAAAUACAGUAUUUGAUGCAAAGAGACUGAUAGGAAGAAAGUAUGAUGACCCUAAAAUUCAAUCUGAUCUUAAACACUGGCCAUUCAAAGUUAUUUCUGAAGGAGGAAAGCCAAAAAUCAGUGUUGAAUUCAAGGGUGAAAAGAAGGUCUUUAAUCCAGAAGAAAUAAGUGCAAUGGUACUAACCAAGAUGAAAGAAACAGCUGAAAUGUAUCUUGGACAAAAAGUUGAGGAUGCUGUCAUAAUAGUUCCUGCCUAUUUCAAUGAUUCACAACGUCAAGCUACAAAAGAUGCUGGAAAAAUUGCUGGUUUGAAUGUCUUGAGGAUAAUUAAUGAGCCUACUGCUGCAGCUCUUGCUUAUGGAUUGGAUAAAAAUUUGAAAGGUGAACGUAAUGUUCUCAUAUUUGAUUUGGGAGGAGGAACUUUUGACGUGUCUAUCUUGAGUAUUGAUGAAGGAUCUCUUUUUGAAGUAAGGUCUACAGCUGGAGAUACCCAUCUAGGUGGAGAGGAUUUUGACAAUCGAAUGGUUGCACACUUUGUAGAAGAAUUUAAGCGUAAAUAUAAGAAAGACAUCAGAUCAAAUCCCAAGGCAGUUAGAAGACUAAGAACUGCUUGUGAAAGAGCCAAACGAACCUUGUCCAGCAGCAGUGAGGCGAGUAUUGAGAUUGAUGCACUCUUUGAAGGAAUCGAUUUUUACUCCAAGAUUUCUCGUGCCAGAUUUGAAGAACUGUGUAUGGACCUCUUCAGAAGCACCCUUGAACCUGUGGAGCGGGCCUUAAAAGAUGCAAAGAUGGAUAAAGGAAAUAUUCAUGAUGUCGUUUUGGUUGGAGGAUCAACACGCAUUCCAAAAAUUCAGAAACUGUUAAAAGACUUCUUUAAUGGCAAAGAACUCUGCAUGUCCAUUAAUCCUGAUGAAGCUGUUGCAUAUGGUGCAGCAGUUCAAGCGGCUGUGCUGACCGGAGAUACAAGCGAGAAUAUCAAGGAUGUGUUGCUUGUUGAUGUGACCCCACUGUCCCUUGGCAUUGAGACAGCAGGAGGUGUAAUGACGAAAAUCAUUGAAAGAAAUGCUCAUAUUCCAUGCAAAACAUCUCAGAUAUUUACAACUUAUUCAGAUAAUCAGCCAGGAGUGGACAUCCAAGUAUUCGAGCGGGAGCGAGCUAUGACAAAAGAUAAUCACCUGCUUGGAAGGUUUCAGUUAUCUGGUAUUCCUCCAGCUCCUCGAGGAGUUCCUCAGAUUGAAGUGACUUUUGAUUUGGAUGCCAAUGGUAUACUUCAAGUAUCUGCCAUGGAUAAAAGUUCAGGUAAAUCACAAAGUAUUACCAUAACCAAUGACAAAGGAAGAUUAACAAAGGAUGAAAUUGAAAGAAUGCUGCAAGAAGCCAAGCAGUAUGAGAGAGAAGACCAAGAGCAGAGGGAAAGAAUAACAUCUAGAAAUUCUCUAGAAAGUUAUGUAUAUUCUGUGAAACAAGCUGCAGAAUCUGCUCCAGAUGAUAAACUCUCAUCUAGUGACAAGUCAAAAGUAAAGGAUGUUUGUGAAGGUGUCAUUCAAUGGCUGGAUAAUAAUACUUUGGCAGAAAAGGAUGAGAUUGAACAUAAAAUGAAGGAAAUACAAAGUGAAUUGUCACCAAUAAUGACGAAACUACAUCAGGGUGGGGCAGCUGGUGGUGCAACAGGUGGCAGCACAUCUGGACCAACAGUAGAAGAAGUAGACUAAAUGCAUUAUGUGUUAAAAGAUUAUUAACCAAAGACUUUGUGAACUGUUCAAAAGACAAUUACCAAAGAGUUAAUCAACUGUAUUUCAAUUAAUAAUAGAAAUUAUGUCAAGCAUAUAUGGAAAAAAAGGUAAUGUCAUUUCAUUGUGAAUUAUUUCUUAUGAUCAUUAUGUAAUGCCACUUAUAAAUAAUUAUAUACUUUGUAUAUUUGUAUAAAAUUGUAAGUUAUUGUA